AUGCUUAAACCCUCCCGCCGGCCCAUACACGAGUAUGAGCUGGUUCCGCGCGAAUCCCUCGAUGUUGAUGGCGAGGAAGCUGUUGUCGGUCAAGAUGAACAGUGCUUAAACACACGACGCUCCUGGCUCAACCGGCUGAGCAGUCGCUUUAAUGCAGUCAACAAGCUCUCGGAUCGCGCCGUAUACGCCCACUACGUCACCCCGCGCCGCCGAAAGCGCUCCAUUCUACGCAUCCUGUACUGGACGUUAUUCUCCGUACCGUACCUCUUGAUCGUCCUAGUGCUAGUUGCCGGCAUCUUCUUCCCGAGUUACACAGUCAGGCCUCCGCACUACGACGAGCUACGCAAGCGAGCGACCGACACUGGGCGCGCGAACCCCUACAACGAGAAGGUCUUCAUAGCCGCCUCGCUCGCCGAAAAGAAGGGCGACUUGACGUCUGGCGCGUGGGGCAGAGAGGUGCUGCAGCUGGUGGAAUUGCUGGGACCAGAGAAUGUCCAUCUGAGCAUAUAUGAGGAUAACCCAGAUUUGGUGACGAAGCAGUCGUUGGAUUCGUUCCGCGACCAGGUCAAAUGCAACUCGACCAUUGUAUCCGAAGAUCUCGACCUCGCCUCUCUUCCCCACAUUACGCUACCCAACGGCGAGAAACGCCUCAAGCGCAUCGCAUUCCUUGCUGAGGUGCGCAACCGAGCCCUUGCGCCCAUCGACCAGCCUGGGGUCAGAUUCGACAAGGUCCUGUACCUGAACGAUGUCAACUUCGACCCCGUUGAAGCUGCGCAGCUUCUUUUCGCGACCAACAUCGACUCGACUGGACGGGCAGACUACGCUGCAGCAUGCGCUGUCGACCACAUCAUGCCCUUCAAGUUCUACGACCGCUUCGCGACGCGCGAUUUCGACGGCAUGAUCACCGGGCUACCCUUCUUCCCGUGGUUCACCAGCGCUGGAACAGGGACCAGCAGAAGUGAUGUGCUCGCAGGGAAAGACGCGGUACGGGUACGGAGUUGCUGGGGCGGCAUGGUGGCUUUUGACGCCAAAUGGUUCCAGUCAGAGACCGGAGUCCAGCCCGAACCCGCCAACCCGCAAAAUGGGACGCCUAAUCACAGCAUCUUCCCGCUCCGCUUCCGUCAUGACAACGAAACUUUCUGGGAGGCUUCCGAGUGCUGUUUGAUCCACGCGGAUCUACAGUAUCGCAUGUCUGGAAGAGGCCGACCUGCGGAAUCUAGGAUAUACAUGAAUCCAUUCGUUCGAGUAGCGUACGACGAGAAGACGCUGAGCUGGCUCUCUUUCAUUCGUCGCCCGGAACGUCUUUACGCUCCGAUUCACGACAUCCUCAACUACUUCGUCGGCUUUCCUGAUAAGAAAGCCCGGUUCGCUGAGGAGCCAGGGGAGCUUGUGACGGACAAAGUCUGGAUCUACGACCACCCAGCUGCGGCUUUUGCACAAAAUGCGACAGAAGCCGAUCGUGCAGGCCACUACGUUGAGCAGGAGAGGAGAGCAGAGCCCGGCGGUUACUGCUCAUCGCCAAAUCUCCUUGUUAUCAACGAGAAGCCCGAACACGGCCCUGGUUCGUGGAGCAAGAUCUUUGUUCCGAGGCCUCCUCAGUCUUGA